ACAUCGUGACUGGCUGACAGGGUUGGUGUUGGUAUCAUUUGAAACAGAAAGUAUAUAAGAGGAUCAACCAAAUGAAGACUUUACUUUCAAAGCUUUUCGCUUAACUCCAGACAUGAAAGUAACACUGGUUCUCGUCAUUGUCAGCACCAUUAUUGCUGUGAUCGACAGCGAGCCCUGCAGGGAUGACAACGACUGUAUUCACACGGUAUGUGAUAGUACCGGAAGGCUUGCCUGCUCUCAUGACAUAUGUACCUGUCUGGUUGCGGCCAAUAGCUGCGACACAGAAACUUGCAGAGACCGCCCUGACUGCGACAGCUGCAUUUGUAGAGACACCCAUAUCGAACGCCACUGCUUCGACGGCCGCUGCCUAUGUGGACGUCAGGCACCUGUCGGCCCUGGUGGACCUGGUGGACCUGGCGUAGGUAAAUAAAUCCUGAAAGGAGGGAAAACCAUGGAAAUUAUUCCUACCUUGUUGGAUACACACAUGUACACAUGUGAAAUAAACCUACUACUACCA